UGCCGUACCACCUCACAUCGCAAACUACUCCCGAUUGACAUAUAUCUACCUUUCAAAUCGAUAUUCUGCAGGCCUUUACAUGUACUUGUCAAGCGACUUUUAGUCAUAUAAUUGCUUGCAAGAUGUCAAAUUUUGAGGCAACUUCAGACUGGAAAGAUACCGAAUACAUCUCUGAUGACAGCGUCUCCGCCGUCUCGCCAACCCACGCCGGUUUUUCUGUGGCGUCAUCUUCAAGUGAACCAAUGGAUCGGUUCACAGAUCUUGAAUCCAUUGCCGAUCAAAUGCGCGCUUUCAUAUCUAAUGAAAACCGCCAUAGUAAUGCUAGUGGCUGCCUCGAAAUCGCGUGUAAAGACGAGAAAAUUGAAGACGCGGUUUAUGCCCUUGGCACUAUAUUUUAUCUGAAUUUCAGUGACCCUCGUGGUACUCGGCAUGCCCGGUUCACUCUCCCGAUAGACGCUCCCACCAUCGUUGACGAAGACGAGGUUAGGCAUAUCAUAUAUGGAGAUCUUCUCCACACCCCCAUUCGGGCCCUGGCGAAGAAGCUGCGAAUAUGGAUUGCAGAUCCGAAUGGCCCAGAGUCGGUUCGUGUACAGAGAGUCUCAAGGAUACACGAGUUGUGCCAGCGGUUCAGGGUGAACGUAACUGAACGAGAGGACGGUGUUCUUUUGACAAAGUCCAAGAAGUUUAAAUGGUCUACCACCGUAAUCAAUGAGCAAGAUCUGGAAAUGGUCCUGAGGGAGAAAAGGAGAAAGGCCGUGAAUAAAGAGAAGCGCCUCUUCUUGAGGACGCAUCGUGCCACAGCUCCAACCGCGCAAUCUGUUGUUGAAGACCCCUUCGCCAAUCUUCACUCUAUCACAAAUGAGCUUCGUUCAUUUGUUGCCGACAUUGAUGGUCCCCGCUCGAUGGCCAUCCCCAAGAGUGCAUUUUCUUCUGAAGUUUUUCAGCUCGCUGCCGUGUUUUCGCUGGCUAUCACACCAGAAUCGGAUGCUAUCGUCUUGACAAAAAAGACCCAGGGUCUCUUUGUCGUCAGCGAGGCCGAUGUGGCGGAUGUUCUUAAUAGCAAUGGGAAGAGGUCCAGGAAAGAAGAUGACGACGAUGCAGAAACACCUCCAGACUCACCACCACCGUCUGAUGGGGAGGACCCAGGUCCUUCCUCUAGAGAAUCUCAACAUCAGACCCGCAUUCUUGAGCAGGAGAUCCGUGAAUUCGUCGUCGAUGCCCAAGGCCUAACGUCGAUGACACUAUAUUGUCUGGACAACGCUAGGAAGCUCUCCGUCUUCUUGCUUAGCCACGCUUUCGGGCUCAUUUGUUCCGAGACGCCUUCCAGUCCCUAUGUUCGAUUGACUCGAACAGAAAACACUACGAGCCAGAAUAUCGAUGAAGUAUCAGUUAAGCGGUUAUUGACGGAGAGUCAUCCCAGUUUCCGAGCCGCACAGCUUAUACUUGAAGGAGGCCCAAACUACGGACGAAUAUCUGAUAUCCAGGCGUUCGAGCAGUGCUUGCGCGCGUUCAUCGACGAUGCGGAAGCCACGGCUUUCUCAAUCCCACACACGACAGAUCGACGCGUCGUCGCUCUGGCCAAUGUGUUUCAUCUCAGGAUCAGAACCCAUAAGGACGGGGACCGGAUGAUACUACACAAGAAGAUCAAGGGCAAGUAUAUUGUCAGCAAAAAGAAGUUAGAUACAGUCCUUGCGGUGCCCAAGCGACGCCGGAAGAAGCGGAGGAGGAGGAGUACCGCUGCCCCAUCAGAGCUCCCUCCGUCCGCGGAGCCAUUCCCUGAUAUCGAAUUUUCGGCCCUGUCUCUUUACUGAGAACGUUUGUGAAUAAUGCUCAGGGACCUUUGGAAAUGACGAUCCCUCCAUCGAGUCAGAAGACGCGGGAGGAUGUUACCCGGCUGGUCGCCACAUUUGGCUUGGACGUUGUUUUUAUUGAUGGUUUCGCCACUCUUAAGAAGACUGGGAGAGGUGUAGAUGAAUGGAAGGUAGCACGUUUGACGAAAGCUUGCUAGCUCGAGGUGCGUAUUGGCUUCUGGGAAGUCGGAAUGGCCCUCUGCUGAGGGAUGUUAGUAGUCGAAUGGUGGCUGUCAACUUCUUAAGAUUUUAAUAAUGAACUUAGCUAUUUCUAUGCCUGGACACCGAAGUAUAUACUUGCUGCAGACU